AUGGCAUCCUUGAAAUCAUGGUUUCCCGUUCCAAAAUCGAGCCAUUUCUCCUUGGCCAACCUUCCCUUCGGGAUAAUCUCGACAACAUCAAAGCCCACUCCGCGACCGGCUGUUGCUAUUGGUGAUCAUGCUCUGGACCUCCAGGAGUUUGCUGCAUCAGGGGCCUUCUCAUCUCUAGGAUUCGACGUUUCGGUGUUCUCGAAGCCGACUCUCAAUGAGUUCGCUGCGCUGGGAAGACCCGUCCACCGCUCCGUCAGAAAAUACCUCCAGGAUGUCUUUGCUGAGAACACAACCCAUGCUGAUGUUCUCAAGAAUAACAAGGACCUUCAAGGAAAGAUCCUGUUCGCACGCGACCAGGUGAAGCUACAUUUACCCAUGCACAUUGGCGACUACACGGACUUCUAUGCGGGCAAGAAUCAUGCCUUCAACGUUGGCUGUUUGUUCCGAGGACCAGACAAUGCUCUACAGCCGAAUUAUACGCAUCUUCCUGUGGGAUAUCACGGCCGAGCUUCGUCAGUGGUAGUCUCAGGAACCCCGAUCACUAGACCCAACGGUCAGAUACUGGAAAACCCUGCAGCAACGCCCAAAGUGCCGACGUUCAGCGCCUGCAAACGACUGGACAUCGAACUGGAGCUUGGCGCUUUCGUUUGCACAGGAAACGAAAUGGGCAAGCAUAUUCCGAUUUCUGAGGCUGCCGAACACAUUUUCGGAUACGUCUUACUGAACGACUGGUCAGCCCGCGAUAUUCAAGCAUGGGAAUAUGUGCCACUCGGACCAUUCUUAGCCAAGAACUUCGGAUCCACCAUAAGUCCCUGGGUUGUGCUCGCUGAUGCAUUAGAGCCUUUCAGAUGCAAGGGCAUCCCCAACGAGACGCAGUUACUCCCAUAUUUGAAAGAGAAGGAAGAGAACAACGUGUAUGACAUUCGGUUACAAGUCGACAUCACGCCUGCUGGUGGAUCGACUACGACCAUCCUGAACUCUAAUGGUCGCAACCUGCUCUUCUCUUUCCCACAAAUGCUCGCUCAUCAUUCCAUCGGUGGCUGUCCCAUGGCCACAGGUGAUCUUCUCGGGUCUGGCACCAUCAGCGGCACCGAGACAGGCACAGAAGGAAGCCUGCUGGAGUGCAGCAAGGGCGGUAAGGAAACCAUCAAGCUGAACGGGGGAGUUGAGCGGAAGUUCUUGGAAGACGGAGACGUUGUGACGAUCUACGGAGUCUGCGGCUCUGAAGAAUCAGGUCUGGUCGGCUUCGGAGAGUGCUCGGGGAAGAUUCUGCCCGCCCCGAAGAUCUAG